AUGAAGUACUACCCAGGUCCAGGAAUGCACCACGUUACGAAUAACGAAUUUGUUCGAGUCGAUGACAAAGAUGUGGGGAAAUGGUGUGUCAUGAAGUUGUCUGAUAACAGACUAUACUGGUUUUACGGGGAAGGAGGGAAACCGAUCCAUUAUGUACGGAAAUACGCCAACAACCUGGACCUGUCUUAUAAGGGUUUCGUUGAAACAUGGAGUCGCGAUUACCAUAUCUUUGAGAGUAACCGCGAUUUUGAUGAGGGACGUUGCGAUGCCUCUUCGCAUAAUACAGAUUGA